GCUGCCCCGCCCCGGCUCCCCGAGGCCCAGCAACCCGGCCCCGGGGCUCGGUCCCGCCCCUCUCGCAAGAGGCCUUGGCGCGCCCUCCUCCCGCACCCCGCACCCCCCGCGCUCUCCGUGCUGUUGGUGCGGUCCAUGGCGAGCGCAUCAUGGCGAUCGAAGGUGGAGAGAGAACUUGUGGAGUACAUGAACUCAUCUGUAUUAGAAAAGUCUCUCCAGAGGCAGUUGGAUUUUUGUCAGCGAUUGGGGUGUUUAUUGUCUUGAUGCUGCUCCUUUUUCUCUAUAUUAAUAAGAAGUUCUGUUUUGAAAAUGUUGGAGGUUUUCCAGACCUUGACCCAGGAUACAGCACACAGAAGAAUUCACAAGAUAAAACGUAUAAUUCCUACAUGGACAGAGAUGACCCUGGUUCAUCCUCUGAAAGUGAAGAUGAAGCGUUGGGUAAAUAUCACGAGGCCUUAUCCAGAACACACACUUCCAGGUGGCCAUUGGUGGAUUCUAGACAAAAGAACUACGCCUGGGAAACAAGGCAGAAAUACAGCCCGUUGUCUGCGGAGUAUGAUGGGUACAGCAGUGAAGCGUCCAUGGAGGACGGAAACUGCAUUCAGAGAAUGAGAAGAACACCUCCAUUGGAUGAGCUGCAGCCACCACCUUACCAAGAUGACAGCGGUUCACCUCACCUCUCAUGCACACCCUCUGAGAUCGGGGAUGGCAAGUGUGAGAUUUCCCGCUGCAGCAACAGCCCACGCUGCUCUUUCAACAAGUGCCCCAGCGAAGGAAGCACAGGGCAUGAGGCAGAGAGCUUUCACAAUAAAGGCUAUGAAGACGAUGUCCCUAGCGACAGCACCGCAGUCCUCAGUCCUGAAGACAUGUCAGCCCAAGGAUCCUCCUCACAGCUUCCUAAGCCUUUUGCUCCAGAGCCGGAAGCUAAAUACGGCACACUGGAUGUGACCUUUGACUAUGACUCACAAAGACAGAAGCUUCUGGUGACGGUGACAGCUGUCACAGACAUUCCAACGUAUAACAGGACAGGUGGCAACUCGUGGCAGGUGCAUCUUGUUCUUCUACCUAUAAAGAAACAGAGAGCCAAAACCAGCAUCCAGAGAGGACCAUGCCCUGUCUUCACAGAAACAUUCAAAUUUAACCACGUUGAAUCAGAGAUGAUCGGAAAUUAUGCAGUUAGGUUUAGACUGUACGGUGUUCAUCGUAUGAAGAAAGAAAAGAUUGUGGGGGAAAAGAUUUUUUAUUUAACGAAGUUGAAUCUUCAAGGGAAAAUGUCGUUACCGGUGAUACUGGAGCCUUCCUACAACCCUUCUGGCUGUGACUCCCAGGUGAGCUUGUCAGAAGUGUCCUGUGGUGAAAGUACAUCCUCCUGUCAGUCCCUUGAACACGGCUCCGUUCCAGAGAUCCUCAUUGGGCUCCUUUACAAUGCCACCACCGGACGGCUAUCAGCAGAAGUCAUCAAAGGCAGCCACUUCAAAAACCUGGCAGCAAACAGACCACCCAAUGGACUGUUCUGUUGUCUAAAACACUUGAUAGGUGGACAGGUUUAUAUAAUCCGAGAUACAUAUGUUAAAUUAACACUGCUGAAUUCCAUGGGCCAAGAGAUGUCCAAGUGCAAGACAUCCACCCGCAGAGGGCAGCCAAACCCGGUGUACAAGGAAACUUUUGUUUUUCAAGUGGCCUUGUUUCAACUUUCUGAUGUGACUCUGAUACUGUCUGUGUAUAACAAGCGCAGCAUGAAAAGAAAGGAGAUGAUAGGCUGGAUUUCCUUAGGUCUCAACAGCUCUGGGGAGGAGGAGCUCAGACACUGGACUGCGAUGAAGGAGUCCAAGGGACAGCAAGUAUGCAGGUGGCAUGCCCUGCUGGAGUCCUGAGCAAGGAGCUGCUCUCUCAAGAGUCCUCGUCAACACCCUGCCACAAUGCUCCACUCUUCGGGAAGGACCAUCAGUGCUGAGCUGAGGGAACGGGGCUUUGUCUCUGGUAGAGCUCUGUGAGAAACCAAGAAACUUGUCAGUAUCCAGCAGUCCUCCAGAAAUUGAAGUACAUGCUUUUGAUUUGAAUUUUAUUUUAUUUAGUGAAAAAGCUAGGAAUUUUGUGGUGAUUGUGGUUUUUAAACCAAAAUUUCCAUUGUAGCACUGCAUAUCAUCGUCCACAUACUACCCAUAAAGUGUUAUGUCGGCCAGUCCUUGGAUGAAGCUCAGUGAUCACGGUCACAUCUCCAGGCUCGUUCACGCUGAUGAUAGUUUCAUCUCAGAUGUGUUCUCUCUGUGCCUCAGUCUUUCUUAUAGUACUAAACCCAAGUGCAAAAUUCCCCGAAGCAAAGUUUAAGCUUGGUUUCUUUGAAGUUUGCCUUUGCUUUUAUUUAUUUAUUUAUUUAUUUAUUUAUUUAUUUAUUUAUUUAUUUAUUUAUUUAUUCCAAAGAGACUAUGCCCCAUUGGUCCCUUGCAAACUUUUCUGACUGUACUGCAGAAACUUCAUAACUUUAUGGUCGAGUCCUUUGUGUACUCUGUGUCCCAAUGUUGAAUAUGGUAGAGCAAACUCUCAUUUGGAAUCGCUUUUAUGAUCAGUUUUCGCAGCUGUGUGAUAUGGCAGGCAUGGUGGGUAAUUGUUGCAAAUGGAAGGCAUUCUAGUUAAAGGAGUUUUGACUAUCUGUUCCUAGUGUUGACCCUGCAGGCAGCAUCGGAACAGGCUCCUGGGGUCCUUAUUCACUCCGAUUUCUUUGUGGUUCUCAGCUUUAAUACAGUUAGGAGCAUUCUGAGAUCUCUGUGUUCUAGUGACUUGUGCUGUAUUUUGUGACGUCUUCAGUGUGAUGUCACCCUGUGCCUUUCAUGCAAGUUGACCUUGCUUACACAGCUGGGAAGCCGUAUUUGCAAACUUGGCCUUCAGCACUCACAGGAGUGAAGCCCUCGACUGCCAUGCCAAUGCCGCACUCUGCAGCGUGGGAGGCAGCGAGCUUGCUGGCCUCCUCAUGGUUGAGCACUUUCUGGUCUUGUCUUCAUAUUUAGAAAUCAUAGGCCAAUUGGAUAUAACAGAAGCUAUUUUCCUUUAGUUUUCCUUCUUACCUGACAGAAAUGGUAUGUUUAUGCUUUACUAGAGCAUGUUGUAUCCGUGAAAUGGUUUUCCUUCUGCUCUUUCACAUUCCUCGUUCAACCUGACAAAAAUGUGUUAUUUACCAACUGAUGAAAAGUUGUGUCGCGGUUCCGAUCCCAGCUGAGCACUCUACUGUUACUGUGAGCUAGAAUUCACCAACCCAGACUAGCAGAGCUGCACACUGGCUGGUAAGAAUGUAGUAGUACUGAAAGGCCUUAAACACACCCGGAAGGCUUUGAGCACCUACAUUUUAGCUUAAAAGAAGGCAUCUCUGUGCUUUCAGACACAGCAUCUUAAGAGGAAAACAUACAGACAGGAAGCAUGAAGUUAGUUAAAAGGCAGAAAUUUCAGAGCCCAGCAUAGUGGCUUAUCCCUGUAAUGCUAGUACUUGGGAGGCUGAGACAGGAGGAUUGCUGUGAGUUUGACACUAGCCAAACCAUCCUGGACUACAGAGUGAGAACUUUCAAAAACAAAAAAGGUAUGUUUAAAAAAAAGUAGCAUUAAAAAGACAGCGUUAGGGCUGGGGAUAUGGCUCAGCCACUGAAGGCCAGGUUCACCACCAAAAUAAAAAGAAAAGGCCCUUCUACCACUCGACUAGUGAGCAUUCCAAGACUGCUUUGGGGAGAGGGAGUGUUCUUUCUUUCUUUCUUUUGUUAUUUUUUUAAGUGUUAUUGAAGAACAUAGUAAGGCAAAAUGUGAAGAAGGCUAUAGGUUACUCUGAAAAUUGGGUGCAGGCAUUUGAUGCUAAGUGAGCUUUUACCUGCUUUGAAACAGUCACCCGCGUGACUAACAACUGCUGUCUUCCUAACAAAGUCACUGGUCUUGUUUGUGACAAAGUUCAGUUGGACAUUAUAAGACCAGCUCUGUGCUUUCACUGUGUGGAGAGGAAAACCUGUUACUUGUCCAACCUCCUUUCUGGAGACUGCCCAGAACUGUAUGUACUCCCAAAGAUCCUCAGGGGUGUCUGGUGUAGGUGUCCCUUCAUGUACGACCUGGAAAGUGAUUUCAGUCUUCUCUAACUUCAGGAACAGACCUCCCACCCUCUGUCCAUUUUCCAAGUCCUCAAUGAUUAUAAAUUGGGUGUGCCUGUAACUGCACACACAACACAGUGUGCUGCGCACAUGCAAAGGCAAAGGUACCGCCUUUCCACAUAACCCGACAGCAAGGCGUUUCUCUGCAGGCCAUGGGCUGCUGUUUCUCCUCUGUAAAAUUUCUAAAUGUGAUAUUAGGUUUAGAGCCAAAUGCUGCCAUUCUGCCACAGAUACACAAAUAUGCAUCUUUUUCUCUUCUGUGAUUUAACGUAAAUACUUUCCCAAAUUAUCUGAGUCACAGAUGUUGACUCAGAAUCUUGAAAAUGACAGUCUACACUCUUACUGUCUUGCUAAAAGCAAAUGAAAUAUCCAGACUCCACAGCUGACUGGAAUAUGGGGUAGUCUCAGCUUCCUCAGUGUGGCUGUGGGCUGCUGUCCAGGAGCGCAGUAUUGUCUGACCUCAGAAGCAAGCUUCUGUAAUUGUGGAGCCCGAGUACCAACCACCUUGUAUUGAAAUUACAGCUGCAUAUUAUCUCACUGCAUGUUGAUGAGUUCUCAGUACUGUGUUGACUAACAAAAGUUAUUUCUUAGACCAUGUUUUAAGAAAAAGAAAAAAUACUUAAACUGCCUGGAUGACUGUGCUACUGUGAAGUUGAGUGUUGGCUGGGGUCAGAUCUGAUCUGUGCAAAACACAGCUCUCUGUGUUACAUCACCGCUUCCUCCUGGGCUAGGAGAGUGAUCAGUGCCUAGGAGUCUGACCACAUCACUAAACAAGCAAAAACAGUCUAGGCUGUCCUUGACAAUGAGGAAUACAAAUGUUAUCAUAGCUUUCUAGGGUGUUAAGAAACAGGAGAGUUGUUUAAAGUAUACUUUGGUAGAAGACCAGUGGUCACCAACCAGUUUUUUCAAAAUCCUUGUUCAGCUAUCAAUAGAAAAGACACAAAGUUCAUUAGCAGAAAUAUUUAUGUCCAUAGACUGGAGAAUUCAUAGAAAAAUUUACAUUCCUGGUUGUUAUUCCUAAGUUUCUUUCUCUUACUCUCUUUAUAAUCCAUUUCUUCCUCCUCAUCUGCCACUGGACAGUGACCAUCCCUGUCAUUGUCACCGACAGUCUGAGGCUGAGACAAGGUGGGGCAUGUAGUGAAGCCCUUCAAACACGCUACAGCGCUGACAAUCUUACAGCUAUAACAGUCAAGAACUGAGACAAUAAUUGGUUGUUUAUUUGAUUCUCACAACAUAUUAAGAGGCAAAUAGCAUCACUAGUGUUUUCUCUGAAGAAGCUGCUGCUGGGGGACCUGAGCUGAACCCCCUAAGGUUGCCUCUCUUUUAAGUGAACCACAGUAGAACUGGGGUCACUCCAAGCCCACUUAUGCACAUUGUAUCUUCACCCUCUUUAUUAUGGGCGAAAAAAAGCAGCAUUGUGCUGGGGCAAUUUCUGUCCAGCUUAUCUGAACGGCAGAGAUAGGCCUGAGAGAGUAGAGAGCGAAAAGACAGCUGAGGGGCUUGAGGGGCUUCAGGGGCAUCAGGGGCUUGAGGGGCUUGAGGGACUUGCCUUCUCGGGACAGCCGAGGGACUUGCCUUCUCAGGACAGCCGAGGGCUUGCCUUCUCGGGACAGCCGAGGGACUUGCCUUCACGGGACAGCCGAGGGACUUGCCUUCACGGGACAGCUGAGGGGCUUGCCUUCUCAGGACAAAUGGUAUUUAGGUAUCAUAAUUUGGGGGUGAUUUUUAUUUUUAAGGACUUGAGAUUUGUUUGCUGUGUCUACACUGUACUUGUAUUCUGACAAUAUAUUAAUUCUGUUGUUCUUCUUGACCAAGUUAUUUUCAUUAUCUGUAUACACUUUCCUACCCUGUGAAAUGGCAGGCUAUCUGCUAACCCACACUCAUGUUGGAGUCAGAGGAGAGAUUGCUGCCUUUCUGCACACGUUUGUGUUUUGUUGAUAUUACACAGAACACACACCUAGCUUCCUUCCCUCCAUUGUUAGUAAUUGCACACAGCAAGUACUGAUGAAUGAAAUCUCUUUGGUAGAGUCGGCACUACCGUUCAUGAAUACUGUUCACUGACUGAGUUCUCUUUCUCCCUUUAAUGUAUAUGUAUGAGCAUCCCCGCUGGGGCUACAAGUUGGAUGGACAGUCCUCCCUCACGAUCCUGUGUGCUAAGGUAUUGAGACUGGCAUUGAAUGAUGUCUUCCCAUAAGAUACGAGGUUAGAGAAAGACCUGUGCAGGGGCUGGCAUUGAGUAGGAAAGUGAACCCCAAGUUUGACACUAGUACUAGACAAUGAGAAAACAUAGGAGGUGGACUCCCACCAAGAACCCCAGAAAGCACAGAAGUGACCCCCAGUUUGUAAUGUACCUAAGAAUUCUCUCUAGGUUCUGUCCAAAGAUUCUGUUCAGGGGUGUAAAGGAAAAGCCUGAGAGUCUAGGUCUGAAUGAGCUCCCCAGGAAGUUCUACCCGAGCAGUCUGGGACAUAACACUUUGUUUCUUAUCUGCAGUUGUUGGCAGCAGUUUCGUACCCAUAGAUAAAGUCUUAGUGCAGCAGUGGUAAGGUCUGUAGUUUCUGAGUCAUUGUGAGGAGGGCAGCUUCUCGGGAAUGAAAAAUCUGAGGCCAUUGUGUCUCACUUUGUCCUCCUAAUCUCUCUCAUGUGGCUUUAAGAAAAUGAUUUCCAAAAAUGCAAAACUAAAGCUAAUACCAUAAAGUUAAAGAAAGGCCUUUUUAGAGGUGAUGAUGUCUUUCUGGCAGUUUUGUAGGAUAAAUAACUGGGGAUAUUACUAUGUCCUGUGAUGCACUGUCAUUUCCUGGCUGAGAGGAAACCAGGACAGCUUUGACAAGUGUACUGACACUGUCCUCAAGUGUUGGGAUUAUUUCAAGCACAGCUGGAAAUGUGUGGCAGGACUCACAAGUAAUUUGAGUUUACCAUGAGAAAAGGUAUGGAAAUAACAUAUUUUAAAAAUUCACUUAUUAUCCGUCUAUAUAGUUUUGUUUCAAUAACUUUCUGAUGAAACAAAACCGCAAUCCCGAGGCACCUUCAAGCUGACAGAGAAGGGACAGCCUUGGCCUCAGCUGGCAGCGACUGCCACGUCCCAGCAACUUGGCUGGACUUGAUCCUGACUUCCGACGUACAGUGGUGUAUCAGAACUGUCUCUCAGUGCUUGAGCUAUGAAUUUUAAGAAUCUGUUAAGUGUUGGACCUAGUCUUUUUCUAAAACUUAAGAGGUUCAUCACUGCUUGGUACCUCUGCACUGGGACUUUGCUUCUCAAACUAAUGCAAUUUUUACAGAAAAACUCAGAAUCAGUGGGUCUUUUUAUUCAGUAUCCCCUUUCCUUACUCUCUUCCCCAUCCUCUCUUCCUUUCUUUCAGUUUUUGAGGCAAGAAGCUUCCUUAUAGUCUAGUUUCUACGGAGCUUUCUUACUUAUUUUUCUAAUAAUAAGUGUAACCGAAUGGUAACAUUUAACUGCUCUGUGAGCAGAGUUGUCUCAACCAACCCGAAGAAAUGUGCUGCCUAUUGGUGAUUCCUGUGUCUCAACUCUCUAACCUGUUUGCUAGCGACUCUCACCCGUGCGUGGACCUUCUCGUGUACAUAGUAUGUCCAUGUGGUCAUCAGCAGUGUUGUGCUGUUGUCACGUGUUUAUAUGCACUUGAUCAAAACUAGACGCUGACAAGUGUGUGAGCCAUCCUUCUGUAGCGUGGACGACCGAACCGCCUUCGUGUUGCUGGAGUGGCGCUGUGCGUCGUUGCCUUUAACUCUCAUACCUUCCUUUGUGCUCUCUACACCGACUCUCACGGUGCCUUCUCCCUUUUGUAUAAUUGUAUUACAUAAAGAAAUUGCUGAUCUGUGUGUAAAAAUGUUAAAACUACACCAGUCCACGGAUAUUUUAAUGGCAGUUCAAUUUUCCAGAGAAUAAAUUUUUGUGUGCAUUAAAUGUUAUUUUUCUUC